UUAGGGUGUGGUCACGUGGGUCAGAAGCUAGCGGUGUUUUUCCGGUCUGGUUUUGUUCGUUAGAGGAAGGACGGCGGGACCACAUAAUCGAUACCAUGAUGAACGAGGAACCGAGAUCUGAGACCCGUCGCUGACAUCCGAACCGGGUCAGAGCGUCAUGUCCAAACAGAGAGGCGGUAAGACCCUGAUCAUCACCGAUGAUGAGGAGGAGGAGGAGCAGGCAGAGGAGCUGAACCCAUUCUCCUUCAAAGAGUUUUUGCGCUGGAAGAACACGGACCAGAAUCAGAACCAGGACCAACCAACCAAGAAGACCGGUUUAGAAGACAGCAGCUGCUUCCUGUCAGAGGCUGACCUGGCAGCACAGGAGGAGGAAGAGUGGGGGCGGAGCUUCCAGUCAGGCGUUGACAGCACCUCCUCCCUCUGCACUGAGGAGGAGGAAGGUGUAGAGGAGGAAGAGGAGACCAGGUUCUGCUCCAAACCUGAAGGAGCUGCAGCCGGAGGAGGAGAGAACUACGAAGGAGAUGAUGAGACCUCCAUGACGGAGUCAGCCACCUCCUUCAGGAGGCGAGGUGGGAGGAGCCUUCAGUUCCAGCAGCUGAAGGAGGAGAAUGCAUCCCUGAGGAGAACCAUCAAGGAGGUGCAGAGGAGAGCUGAGGUCAACCAGCGCAGGGUGUCAGAGCUGUCAGAGGAGCUGUUGCAGAGGAGGCGACAGGAGGAGAAGGAGGCGCAGGACCUGGAGAGCAUGGUUCACUCUGUGGAGCAGAACCUGCAGCUGAUGACGAGGCGAGCUGUGAAAGCAGAAAGCAGCGUUUCCCGACUGAAGGCGGAGCUUCAGCAGCUCCAGGUGGAGGUGGACGCUCUGCGCUCAGAGAACAACAGUCUGAAGGCGGCAGAGUCCCAGGUUGUCAUGACGAUGAGACAAAAUGCUCAGGCGGCGUCUGAGUACUUGAACAAGUCUGCAAGCCACGCCCAGUCCUCCAUACGGCAGCUCCUCGGGGAGGCAGAAAGUCUCCGUCUGGUCUCUCAGCUCCUGCAGUCCAUCGAUAAGAUCUCUGCGGUCCACACGGAGUCCUGACCUGCUCCAGAACGCUGGGCGGGAGG